CCCUCUUCAAACAUCCAAUCAUAGCGUGAUAUACUAACCUCUUUCCAUGAUACCCUCAGGAGGCGUAACAAGAGAACUGAUCCGCGUGGACUCGGACCAGGAAGACCACGACCGCCGACGUGCCCGCACAACGGCCUCCUCACGCGUCAAGCGCGAGCACGGCUCUGUCCCCGUCGCGCAGCCUGAUAUCCCUGUUAUCAAUAUCGUUACUGGGGAGGAGGAGGAUCAACAAAUCGUGGCAACCCCCGAAAUGCUCAACCCGCGCAACAUCGGCGCCGGCGACUACAAGUUCCAGAAAGUGUUCAGCGAGGGCAACUAUAUCGCCUCGGGCGUGCUUGUCAUGCCGAAAGGGAGCCAUAAGCCGAAUAAGAAUUCUGCGCAGAGUACCAUGAUUUUUGUGGUGCUGAGCGGGAAAGUGGAGGUGCAGGUGAAUAGGACGACUUUUGUGGUUGCCAAGGAGGCGACGUUUAUGGUUCCGCGAGGCAACCAAUACAGAAUCUCAAACCCCUUCACAACCGAAGCGCGCCUCUACUUCUGCCACGGCAAGGAAGUCGUCGCGGAAGCCGACACCGACACAUAAACAACCAACCCAAGAACUUUUUGUGUUAUCACACAUGAACAUUCCGCUUACGGAAAACAACGUGCUUUGGGCCGGUGUUAUGUACAGUGGAGAUGUGAU